AUGAAUCGGCCACCGGUGUGGCCUCCGACGCAGGAGCCAUCGCCCCACCUGCGCCAGCAUCUCCGGCUGAUCUUCCGCACGGUCUCGGUCACCUUCCUUGGUGUGGCAGUCGGGACGGCCCUCAACAUCCAAACCCCACUGCUCCGAACGGCCUACGAGACGGUGUACGGGCAUAUGCUGCAUGUGCCGAUCCUGUCCGGCAUCCUCCACCUGCCGACACCUCUCUUCCAGAUGGUUUUCAUCGGGCUUUUUGUGCUGCAACUGUAUCUGGCUUACCGGUGGCGCCGGUCACGCAUUGACACGGGGGACCCGCCGGCUGCUGCGGCGGCGGCGGCGGCGGCUGCCUCCGCCGCCUCGGGCCCGGGCCCGGAUCCGGCCUCCAGCUUUCGCGCGCACCUGAGCUCCUUCUUCACGGAAGCUUGGUCGACGCAACCGCCCCCGACGUCGGCCCCAUCCGGGCCGGCUGACUGCGGCGCCACCAGCCAACGUCCCACAGCCUCCACCACGGCCCAGCCCUGGUCGCUGUCAUCACUGGUGACCACCCCGGCCGGGUGGAUGAACCUGCGUCUGGGCACAAUCGGCCUGAUGUCGGCCAUGCUCGGCCCGCGCAUCCUCAGCAUGAUUACCCCGCUCACACACCAGCCAAGCAUGCUUUUGUGCGUCCGGUCGCCGGUCCCUCCCCUCCUUCUGCUUGCUUUUUUUUUUCAUGCUUCACUCACUCGAGGAGGGUGCCGCUUUUUUUUUUGCCGCCCUUCUACUCACACACACUUUCCUGGCUCUCGGGCGGGGCUACACACGGCCGGGCGGGCAAAAUGAAACCCACCUCAGCGGCACAUUUGUCUUCCUCCUGCAGAGUGCUCUCUUCGGCAUGGUGGCCGCCACGGAGGGCAACCUGCUGGCUCUGCCGCCAUGGGUGUCACGUCUCAUCGAACAGGGCUCCUCGGUGGCGAUGUUCGCCUUGCUUGGGUCCUUCUUUGCGCGGCAUCUCUUCUCCUCGCACUACAUGUCCUUCAUGCUACCACUGGCGCUGCUUACGCUGAGCGUGUCAUAUUUCUUCACCGAGUUGCAGUUCAUCGCCCGCCGACACGAGUGGGCCGUGACCAUGCGGCAGCCCACCCCGGACCCGGUGCUCGAGGCCAGCCGGCUGUUGCUUCACAUCAAGGAGAUCAUCCGCAUCCUGAUGCUGCUGCUGUCAUCGCAGUCGACGCGCGACGGUGGCCGCCGGCGGGCCGGGGCACAGGGCGGACAUCACCGGUCCCAGCGCCGCGAGGACUGACCAUUUGGCCGUGUCCGGUGGGGAGACCCCCCCCCCCCCCCCC